AUGGAGGACUUCCCCACAGUCAAUGUUCUUCAUCCCGCACUUGACCGGGAUGUGACCGGGGCGCUGAUCUCGCUGACCGCCUACGAUACCGUCCCUGAACCCGGAGUAACAAUUCAGAAUACCUCUCCAAAACCCGUGAUUCCACUGGGCGUGUGCCCGACACGACUCGAGUUCUUCGACACGGCGAUUACUACUAUAUUCUCGACAGACAAUACCACAUGGGAGGUCAUCACCUCCUUCGAUGCCUGGUCCUUUACUGGUGCUCCAUCCCGCUGGAAGGAGGCGUUAAACACUCCUGUUUCGGCCCCGGGACCCCAGUUGAGCCUUUAUAAUCCGUCGGGGAUGGCGCAGGAGACCAAAAGGCGGGACGGGUUCUGCCUUGUUACCAGACAGCAUGAGGGUACGCAGAAUAGCCACAUUGUGCCUGCGGCACAGGCUAAGUGGUACCUGAAGAAUCGCAUGUGGGCUCACACCAAGCACGAUGAACAGCUCCGCCAAAGGCUCGGAAAGAGGCUCAUCAACUCCAGCGGUAACGGCUUGACACUCCGUGCAGAUAUUCACAACGAAUUUGAUGCCCUUCAUUUCGUUUUUCUUAUCAACGACGGCGCUCUACCCAAAUUAUCCCAGCAAUACCAUAACGUAGCCGUCAAAAUUCCACAUCAAAUCCCUGCUGAACUAUUAUACGCCCGCUUUGCCCUGGUGAUCAUCAGCCAAUUACCCUCUCAAGAUCUCACCAAGUCUCCUGCCUCAAGUUCGCACGCAGGUCGUAGGGUGGUCAAUGUCACACGCACUGAGACAAGCAGCAGAACCUCUGCGAGCAAGCCACCGAGUUCGGAUCUGCCAGGGAUCCCGGAACACCACAAGUCUGACGAACCAAUGGAGGUUGCCGAAGAAGAACCAGAAUCCAUGCAGGUGUUUGACCGGUUGACCUCAGCCGAGCUCACUGAUGUCUUUCAUGAGCGAUUCCCUCACCUACGUGAGGAAGUCAGCCAUUCUACGGACUGUGACUGGCAGACAUUAGAAUUUCAUCCUGAGACUCUCAAGAUGGAACAACUUCGAGACGAGUGGCUGGCCAACCAUCCGGACAUCAGGGCAACAUUCGAACCUGUAGACGAGACUGUGAGUGAAGAAGCAGGUGACAGAGAAUUUGUGGAAGGAGUUAAAAUGGGAGAGAAGGAAUUGUUGAGCCAUUUAAAGACGAAGGCAAUCAUGGUGCUCCGUAAUUUCUGCCUACCUCAUCCACAGCAGGCACCAUCGACUUCAGUAUUGUCGGAAGGCAGUAACCUCCACCAGCCUCAGCAUCCUCAUGUCCAUUCGUGUAUAACUUACAAUUUGAAGCCUAUAAUACACAAUGUGUAUACGAUAUUGUCGCAAAUCACUGGUGGUCUGGAGGCUGUGGGCGCUGUCUGGCGUCCGGAGCUCUCAGCGGACCGUUCAGACGAACGAACAUGA